AUGGUCCAGGACUGGGUGGAUAAGGGGGGAGCUCCAGCUGCCACUCCUGCGACCACUGAACUGUUGGCAGAAGCCACUCAGUUGCUGAAGUCUUUGCGUAUGCCCAACCUGAAGGUGAUGCGACUGUCAAACCUGCAGCCUCAUGCUCAAAUGGUGUUGCUGGACUCUGGUGCAACACAUGGUCUACGUCCUGCAGUUUCAGAAGAAGAAUGGCAGUCUGGCACAAGAACUCAGGUGAUGUUGGCCGAUGGUGUCACAGAAAGCCUCCGUUUGAAGCCUGGCACCAAAGUUUCGCUUUCCGACCCUCUCCUUCGGCCUGAAAAUACCUCUUGGAUCGUUCCAAUGGGAUGCUUGAACGAGCUCAACUACAAGUUGGUGUGGAAAGACCACAUGUGCCAUCUCUACACAAAAGCUGGAGACAAGGUCGAUGUGGAACUUCACAAUGGAUGUCCCUACGUUGCUCAUGAAUUUGGAGCGAAGCUGCUGACGGUGUUGGAACAGCAUCAAAUUCAACAAGAGCUGAAAAAGAUGACCUUGAAGUCCAUCUUAACAAGAGGUGCUGCCGGUCUUGGCAACAACAUGAGCAUUGAAAUGGCGAUGCUUGUCAAGCUCAAGGAGGUCAUGCCGACUUUGCCUGAAGAUUUGGCGUUGAAGCUGGUUCCAGAUCUCUCAGUGCUUACGGACCCCAACAUCGGCUUGAACCUUCCAUGGAAUCGCAGAAAGCGAAAAAGACUCAUGAUGGCAAAGAAUGUGAUCAUCCACAUGUACAGUGGACCUGAUGCUUCUUACUGGGAGCGGCGUUUGUCAAAUGAGCACACUGAGGUCGUGGAGCUGAACCUGAAGCUGCAGUUGCCGAAGCAAUCAGCAGAUGGAUCCGCCGUGAAGCGCCUCCACGUGAAGGACUUGAAGAUCCUACUGGCGUUGUUUACGCCGAAGACGAUGUCCGACCUGUUGGUGAAGAUCACCCUCUGCCUGGCCUUGACGACCCUGAGCUCUCUGGUGAUCCUCAAGAACAACAACCUGGAGAUGGUCAACCACCUCAACAACAUGGUGAACGAGUUCAACAACCAGGGGGCCAUGAAGCUCAACAUGAACAAGGUCUUCCUGCAGGAGUUGCACAAGAUGAACCUGAUCCUCUCCAAGAAGAAUCGGCCCGAAGACCCUGAAAUACGUGCUGCUCAAGUGCGAAGCCAUGGCAGCAGAGAGCGUGUUCAUGCUGGUGCAGCUUCUGCAAUGAGCUUUAUAGUGGGGCAGACUCUUUUGGCCGAAGCCGAAGCUUUGGAAAUCAAGGGAGAACAAGAUGAAGCGGAUCCACUUUGGAUUGCUGCGGUGGUUUGA